AUGCCACAAAUGCCACCACUACCUACAUCGAGAGUCACGGAAUGUAAACCCUUUUCACGUGUAGGACUUGAUUAUUUAGGACCACUUUAUAUCAAAUCUGAUAAGGGACAAUCAAAAGUGUGGAUAUGUUUAUUCACCUGUUUUGUAACACGAGCUAUUCAUCUUGAAAUAGUGAUGGAUAUGUCUACAGAAGAAUUUCUACUAUGUCUUCGAAGAUUUAUUUCUCAAAGAGGCACCCCUGUUCAAAUAUUGAGUGACAAUGCGUCACAAUUUAAAGCUGCAUGCUCUGUUAUUGAAAAAAUCUGGUACAAAAUGCUUCAAAGUGAAGAAGUGCAAACAUAUGUGUCAAACUCCAGUAUCAAAUGGAAUUUUAUUACCGAACUUGCUCCAUGGAUGGGAGGUUUCUAUGAAAGACUUGUAGGUUUAGUAAAAAGGGUGUUUCGGAAAACAUUAGGCCGACGGCUUCUAACAUUAAUUCAAUUACAAACAUUUGUUAAAGAGGCCGAAGCGGUUGUGAACUCAAGACCCCUAGUUUACGUCGGCGAUGACGUCAAUUCAAACAUUGCAUUAACUCCAAGUCAUUUCUUAACAUUAAACCCCAGUAUCGGUAUUCCAGAGUCUCAUAUAGACGAGAAAGAUACAGAUUUUAUAGCGCAUUACAAUUCAAGUGAUCGCCUAAUGAAUAUAUGGAAAAAAGGUCAGAAAUUACUCAACAUGUUUUGGGUUAUAUGGCGCAAUGACUAUUUGUUAAAUCUUCGAGAAAGAACUCAAUCAAAAAUUAAAACGGGUCGAGUGCAAUCACAUAUUGAGCCAUGUGUUGGAAAUAUAGUAUUAUGA